AUGAGGAGUCACAUGACACUGACGGUGGUGCUGGCCGUGGGCACAGGCCUGCUGGCGUGGGGGUCAGAGAGCCCAGAAAGUGGGGGACACACCUUGCAGGCGCUCCACUGCCCCCCCUGCGAGCGCAUCCACUGCACACCCCGCCGCGCCCUAAGGCUGCAGUGCAAGGGUGGCCUGACCACGGGCAUCUGCGGCUGCUGUCCUGUGUGUGCCCGGACCGCAGGGGAGAGCUGCGGGGGCACCUGGGACUACCUGGGAAAGUGUGACGAGGGGCUGGUGUGCGUACAGGACCCCACCAAUGGCAAGCCAGAAGCAGAGCAGCAAGGGAUCUGCAAAGAGGUGCUGAACCCCCUGGAGACUGAGACCUGCCGCCCAGCAUGCAGCUGGGAGUUCUGUCGAGACCACCCAUCAGAGAUCUGUUCAGCUAGGUCUGUGGCGCUGGAGAGGCAUGAGUGCCAUGGAUCCUGCCAGCACACAUCCUGCUCCAGCUGCCUGGUGCUGAGACCCCCUGUCUGCACCCAGACCUGCGGCCAGGCCGACGCCGCCUGCAUGGUGCGCUUCGGAAAAUGCGUGCAGAACCACCUGUCCGAGGCUAGCCACCCAGUGUGCCACCAGAACCUCCACAGUAACGCAGAGGGAUACUUUGCAUGCCUGCUGCCUGCCUGUCCGAAUGUGGUAAACUGA